AUGGGUCGCUUGAGGCAAAAAGGGAAGGCCGGCGCCGCGAAGGCAUAUGUUACACGCUCUGCCGCGGUCAAAAAGCUUCAGUGCUCACUCGCAGACUUCCGUCGUCUGUGUAUCCUGAAAGGUAUCUUUCCUCGCGAGCCUAAGAGCAAGAAGAAGGCGAACAAGGGCAACAGUGCCCCGACAACAUUUUACUACGCAAAAGACAUAGCCUACCUCGCACACGAGCCGGUCCUGCGCAAACUCCGCGAACAUAAGGCUUUUGCCAAGCGCCUGUCUCGCGCACUCGGCCGCGGGGAGUGGAGCAGUGCGAAGAGUUUGGAGGAGCAAAAGCCGGUGUACAGACUGGACCAUAUCAUCAAGGAACGAUAUCCAACAUUCAUUGAUGCCGUCCGUGAUAUAGACGAUGCACUUUGCAUGAUCUUCUUGUUUGCUUCCUUGCCCUCGAAUACGCGCGUCCCUGCUGCCUUGGUGGACAACUGUGCACGGCUAGCAGCGGAAUGGCAACUGUACGUUAUGCAUACCCAUGCGUUACGAAAGGUAUUCUUGUCUAUCAAGGGCAUUUAUUACCAGGCAGAGGUCAUGGACCAGACUGUCACUUGGCUUGUACCAUAUCAGUUCACGCAGACUAUCCCUUCUGACGUCGAUGUCCGCGUGAUGCUCACGUUCUUGGAGCUCUAUCAGACCCAGCUCGGCUUUGUCUUUUUCAAGCUUUUCACAGACGCAAACCUCGUUUACCCUCCGCCGAUCGACCUCAAGAAGGCGGAGGCUGCUGCGGGAGUCGGCGCUUUCAGCUUGCAAGUGGGCACGCAGACAAACGGCGCCGGUCCGUCCCAGGGCCCUGUUGUCGUCGACGGGAAAAAGGUUUCAGGCAAAGAUGUGCGGCAGACGAUCAAGGCUCUUGCAGGCACUGCGAACGGCGAGUCGGAGGACGUCGAGAUGCCCGUCGUCGAAUCUGGCCCGACAGAAGAGGAAGAGGAGUUUAUCGCGCGUCCGUCUGCCGCACACCCUGAAGAGGCAGCACAAUUGCCUACGCUGCAGACGCUCACUGCACUGCCGCAAUCCGCAGCACCCAAACUCUUUGCGCCCUAUACUUUCUGGCUAUCGCGCGAGACUUCACGGCCAAUUUUCGAGUUCCUGGUGCGCUCAUUUGGCGGACGUAUUGGUUGGCCCCCGAGCAGUGGCGCGGGGUCGCCGUUUGGGGAGGGGGACGAGUCUAUCACGCAUGUAAUCAUCGACAGGCCACCUGUCGAGCGCCCGAGCGAGACAGAGGAGCAGCGGGAGCAGAGGAGAAGUAGGAAGUACGUCCAACCUCAAUGGGUGGUGGAUAGUAUCAACGCCGGGAAGAUUUUGCUCGAGGAUGCGUACGCGCAGGGCAGGACGCUUCCGCCACAUCUGAGCCCCUUCGACGAUCGCGAGGGCGCGUACGAUCCGCUUGCUGGCGCCGCAGAGCAAGAUACGGAGAUGGCCGAGGAAGAGAGCGAAGAGGAGGUUGGUGAUGGUGAGGAGGAUAUGGACGCCGAUGGACAGGAGGUCGCGCCGGAAAAGCGCGCUCUCAGAGCUGCGGCGUCUGCGGCGUCUGACGAUGCGGCACUUCGUGCGGCUGAGCUCGAGGCCGAGGCGGCUGGUGUCGACUUUGGCGCGUUUGAGGAGACAGUGGCCAGGUCACAGAAGAGGGCUAAAGGGGCUAAGACUGCUGGCGCAGCAUCAGCGGGAGACGGCGAAGAGGACAUGAACAAGAUGAUGAUGAGCAAUAAGCAGAGAAAGUUGUACGAACGGGUGAAGCGCGAGCAGAACAAGCUUUCGGCUGAGAAUGCAAAACUGGAAAGCAGGAGACAGGAGCUCAGGAAGGUGGACAGGAAGAAGGCGAAGAGUUCAAGCUGA